UGUGUGUGAGGACGGUGAGUGGGCUCAAGAGAGUCAGAAAGUUCUAGAACAGUUGGGUCAAAGGGAAAGGACCCAGAGGAGGCCAGAAGAGAGCUUGGUGGGAGCUCCACAGGAGGAGAAGCAAAACUUAGAGGGAACAUCAGAGAAAGUAUCUGGAAAGGAAGGAAAGGGCCUGCAGGGGAAAGAGAUGCAGAUAGAUGGGCUAGGGGAGGCAGGGUGGAGCAAGGAGGUACCAGAGACAGGGGAACCCCUGCAGGGAGUGGGCAGAAAGGAAGAGGGAGAGGAACAUGAUGGUCCUUCCACACUGCCUCUGGGGCCCCCUGCGGUUUCUUCUCCUUGUGAGGACCACUGUCCCCCCAUACCUGGAAUUCCUGGGAUCAGGACAACACCCAGGCCUGAGGCACUGUCUCCACCUCCAAACCCAGAGCUGGGAGGAGGGCUGCACCCAUCCAUAUCUUUAGCUGGCUCCUACCCUGCUGGGGAGUCACCCAACCAAGAAACAGACCAGGGCAGCCAGGAAGAGGGGUUCAGGCUGAGACAGGGGCCUUUAUCUGGUCAGGGGACCAAGCUGGCCUCUCUCUGUCCACCUGCACUCCCUCCAAGGAUGCCAGAUUCAAUUACUCACAGUCCCCAUGAAGUUUCUGUGUGCACCCCCGCCUCACCAUCUGCCAGCAGCUCCCUGACCAUUCCUCUGAGGAAGCCUUCUCCUGCUGUCUGUUCUCCAGAAACUUCCAGAACUUCUCUGUCAUCUGACAGCCCAUCUCCUUAUGGGGCUUCUGAGAUGCCCCUGUCUGCCCUCCAUGGCUUCCUUGCUACAGAGACCCUCAUGGACCCCUGGACUAUGCGUCAGAGCCCCCAGAACAACAGCAUGGGGACAGUACCUCAUCUGAGGAGCAAGUCCUUCCCAGGUUCCCACAGGGCAGGGUCUGCUCCAGACCUGGCGGGCACACCCUUUUCCUCCUCCCACUCCGAGUUGCCCCAGAAGCCCCCCAAGCCUGCCAGCUAUGACUCUGCUGUCCCCAGGAGGGAUAGGAAAAUCAGAGGGCAUGGUUGCAUCAUCCCAGAAUCUCAGAGUCUACUCACAACUCUGGGGCAGGACCCAGGAGAAUUCCCCUCACAUCCGGAAAGACCCAGCUCCCCAUUGAAUCCGGCUUUUAUCCCACACUCUUUGGCCUGUGGGUCUUCCCCAAACUCUGUCACCAUGGAUUCCAACAAUUGUCACCCUUACAGUCCCCGUACCUGGGAGAAGAGGUAUUCCCUGCCCUCCACUGUGCAGACAGACAGACAAUUGAAUAUGAUGGGCCCCACCCUGAAGCGGUGUCACCACCCUCCUCCGCUGACUCUGAUCACCAGACCACACGCCCCUGCAAAAGGCCCGCUUCCCCAGGCUCCUGACCCCCUGGUGGCAAGGCAACUACGACCUCUGCCCUCUACCCCAGACAACCCCCAUCAUGUCCCGGCUUCUUUCUCCCCCAAGCUGAGGUACAACAAGCCACUGCCACCCACUCCGGAUCUGCCCCAACAUCCUGGUUCCUCAGCCAGCAGCCCAAGGAUCUACAAGCCUCUGCCCCCCCUCCCUAUCCUAGAGCCACCCUCUGAAGCACCCCCACUGCCCCCCAAGACCAGGGGGAGGAGCAUGAGCACUCUGGGAGGACUCCUCCAGCCAAGUCAGCCCAGCCCAAAGCCGGUUCAUCAGGAGUGGACGGUGCCCAGCCCACAUUCUGCAGAAAGGACCUCCUGGCCCCCCGCCACCAGCAGGACCACGGAAGCUUUGGUCCCCUCAGGUUGGACUAAGAGUGAGGCGGCCUCUGUUCUGGCCUUCAGCAACAUGACAAACCUGAUGAUGCCAUCCUCCCCCUCCACCCCCUGGACUCAGGCUGAACCAGGUUCCUCUGAAGAAUCAGAGACCCACGCCCAUGGUAGCCCGAGGAAGACGACCACUCAGAAGUCAGCCAACAGCCUGAGGAGGUCGGAAAUGGGCCGAGCAAGGCCUGAGGACAGACCCAGUCAUCCCCAACUGGAGAAGUCAUCCAGCUGGCCCCACCGGCGGGACCCGGGGAGAGCACGUGAUGCCAGCACCAGUGGGCAGAGCAGUGUUCCCAGUGAGGGAGCCAAUAAGCAAAAGAGCUGGAACCGACAGGGCCUGCGUAGACCUUCCAUCCUGCCUGAAGGCAUGACGGAUGCCAAGAGUUUCAUCAUGGAAAAAUCUCCCAGUGCUGCAGACACCAUUGUUUUCCGGGAGAAGAAACCGAAGGAGAUGAAGGCUGGUUUUGCCAGACGCUGCUCGAAGCUCAUCAACUCUUACUCACCGUCCCUUUCUCCUCCCGAAUCCUCUCCCCUCCACCACCGUCCCACGUGUCUCCUUCACUCCUUAGCCCAGUUGCUCUACCAGGAGUACAGCGACGAAGCUCUGAACAAGGAGAUUCAGAGCCAGCAGAGGCUGGACAGUAUAGCAGAAGAGCCUGGGCCUGCCUCGCCUCGACAGCCCCGCAAGGGCCUGGUCUCAUCUGAGUCUUACCUGCAGCGUCUCUCCAUGGUCUCCAGCGCCUCCCUCUGGCAGGAAAUCCCCUUAGUGCGCAAUAGUGCCGUGCUGCUCUCCAUGACCCACUCAGAUCAGAAGCUGCAGGAGGCCAAAUUCGAGCUGAUUGUGUCUGAGGCCUCAUACCUACGCAGCCUCCAUAUAGCUGUGGACCACUUCCAACACUCCUCCCAGCUCCGGGCCACCCUCUCCAAUCAGGAGCACCAGUGGCUCUUUUCUCGUCUGCAGGACGUGCGAGAAGUCAGCACCACGUUCCUUUCAGACCUGGAGGAGAACUUCGAGAACAACAUCUUCACUUUCCAAGUGUGUGAUGUCGUCUUGCACCACGCCCCCCACUUCCGACGCGUCUACCUUCCAUAUGUCACCAACCAGACCUACCAGGAGCGCACCUUCCAGAACCUUCUGAGUAACAACAGCAGUUUCCGAGAGGUCUUGGAGAAACUCGAGAGUGACCCCGUGUGCCAACGCCUUUCCCUCAAGUCCUUCCUGAUUCUGCCCUUCCAGCGCAUUACCCGCCUGAAACUGCUGCUCCAGAACAUUCUCAAGAGGACACAGCCUGGCUCCUCAGAAGAAGCAGAGGCCACUAAGGCACAUCACGCCCUGGAAGAGCUGAUCCGAGAUUGUAACAGCAGUGUCCAGAAAAUGCACCGGACUGAGGAGCUCAUCCACCUGAGCCAGAAGAUUGAGUUUGAGUGCAAAAUAUUCCCGCUCAUUUCUCAGUCACGCUGGCUGGUGAAGAGUGGAGAGUUGAUGGCCCUUGAGUUCAUUGUCUCCCCAGGGCUUCGAAGGAAGCUGAACACACGCCCCAUCCACCUGCAUCUCUUCAAUGACUGUCUGCUGCUGUCUCGGCCACGAGAGGGAAGCCGAUUCCUGGUAUUUGACCACGCUCCCUUCUCGUCCAUCCGGGGCGAAAAGUGUGAAAUGAAGCUGCACGGGCAUCACAAAAAUCUCUUCCGCCUUUUCCUGCUGCACAACACACAAGGCACCCAGUCCGAGUUCCUCUUCAGCACCGAGACUCAAAGUGAGAAGCUUCGCUGGCUCUCAGCUCUGGCCACACCAAGAGAAGAAUUGGACCUUCUAGAAUGCUACGACUCCCCUCAAGUCCAGUGCCUUCGAGCCUACAAACCCCGGGAGAACGACGAGUUGGCACUGGAGAAGGCUGAUGUCGUGAUGGUGACCCAGCAAAGCAGUGAUGGUUGGCUGGAAGGCAUGAGGCUCUCUGAUGGGGAGCGAGGCUGGUUCCCUGUACAGCAAGUAGAGUUCAUUUCCAACCCAGAAGUCUGUGUGCGGAAUCUGAAGGAAGCCCAGCGUGUCAAAACCGCCAAACUGCAGCUGGUAGAGCAGCAGACCUAGCUCUUCUCUGGGAGGGAUUCCCAUGAGCUGAAGAGUAAGACAUCCUAGAGAGAGCUAGCCCCAGACACCUGUAACAGAGGCCUUCUGCAGACCAAGAACAAGUCUCUCUGCCAACCCAAGGACAAACUCCAGCUACCAGUCAAGAGUUCCAGGCCUCCUUUUCUGUGCUUUGUGCUUGGUGGGGGGGAUUUUAAGGGAUUUUGCACUGGACUCCAGGAACAUUUUCUUAUAAGAAAAGGGAGUAAUGGGACCUAAGUCAAGGAACUCUGGACUUCUUGGUUUCCAGAGUGCAGAUUCAGAAUAAACCAGCGCUGAUGUCAUAGUAAUGUGUUAACCAGAAUCCGACUUCCCCUAGAGGAAGAAGUUCAAGGGGGAAUUAGCUCAACAAUGGGCAGGUCAGAUUGUUGUCAUCUAAGAGAUCUUCCAGCCUGAGAGAUUUCCCAUAAUUAUUAGUGCAAGGGUGAGUGUGUGCAUCUCGGGGGUGUAUCUGUUGGUGGGAAUGUGAGAAUAUAUACGCUCUCACUCUAAUAAACUUGGCACUUCUC